AUGGAAAAGUGCAAACAUUUGAGCUUGUUCUGGAAAAUUCGUGGCACUUUGAUAAAUCCAGCCAAAGAAACAAAUCAACUGGUGAUAAAUUUGAACAACGCAGCCGUUAGGUUCCUGGGAAUGGACGUGUUGGAUAUGAAAUUUUCAUUUGUGAACCCUCGUUUCAUUUUCCUGCUAUCGAUCAUGUUCAGCUUUUUGUACGCGGAUAUUGAGGCAGCAGUUCUUGCGGAGGAUUUUGGAGAACUUAUCUACAAUCUGGCGGUUCUUGGCUUAGGAAUUCAAGGAUUUGCAAAAUUCGAUGCUUACAUUUUUAAGAAACUCAAAAUGUAUACCUUGAUUAACGAACUACUGAGAAACUUGGAGGAAUUCCAGAAGCAUGUGCAGUAUCGAGAAAUAUUUUUAGAUUCCAUUACGUUUGUUAUGGUUUUUAAAAAGUUGUAUAUCUAUCUGUAUGGAGGUUUUGGAGUAGUUUGUUUCAGUUUUGGUAUUUUGGUAUCACUUUACACUGGAACCUUGGCUCUCACGUUUGGGUUUCAGUUUUCUUUCUUAAGUACAUCCGGUUGGGUGGGUUAUUUGCUGACCUAUCUCUAUCAAACGGCUGCAAUCGUUGCGGUUAUUGUCAGCUCGUAUUGCAAUGAUCUUGGGAUUGUGUUCAUGAUUUCCUCCAUUUUGGCCUUGUAUGAUUGUAUAAUUUCGGAUUUGAGAGAUUUGGAUGGGUUAUGCAUGGUUGAGGAGCCGGAAACAGUGCGUUCGGAUAUUGAAAUGAAAAUAAAGCGUAUAAUUCAAAAACAUCAAAUAUUGAUAAAGUAUGUGAAUCAAUUCAACAGCACAUACAGCGUGUAUUUCUUUUUGAGUCUUGUUUGCCUUACCGGAGUAAUGGCCAUGUCACUCGUGGCUCUCAUUUGGACGAGCUGGUAUCCUGGAAUAGUUUUUUGCGUAGUUGCAUCGUUUCAAAUUUUUUCUUUAUGUCUGCUAGGAACACUUCUGUCUUUAAAAUGCGAAGAACUGUGCAAGGAAUGCUACAGAGUAUCAUGGUAUAUGUUUGGAGUACGAUCGCAAAAAUCGGUCAAAUUUCUGUUGAUGAUGGCACAGAACUACAAAAAUAUAUCCUAUCACUUUGGUCAAAUGAAUAUGCAAACUUUUGUUAAGGCUCACAAGUUGGUUUACAGUCUUUUUACAAUGCUUGUAGCAUCUCGACGCUAGAUGGAGG